CUUUUCUACGUUGGCAGCCGUGGCAGGGCAGUUCGAGGACAUUCAAGACUGUUCCAGCUACUGGCGCACCACAUAAAUUCGCUGAUCCGUUGCUUUUGAUCGGAGAAGGGCAGAAGUUACUGAGCACGAGCAGCCGGCGUCCUACAGCCAUGAAUGACACUCAAUGAGAGUGUCCAAGCAGCACAGCAUUGGGAUCGAAGGUGUUAUUGACAUUGUUCCUUAUGUCGGGUCACGGGCAUGACACUUUGAAGAGCCCCAUAUGGGAUUUGUCGUCCUCGAUGUUCGGAACGGAGCUCGAAUGACACCCUUGGUCUCAUUUUCUACCAGGUUUCGUCACCGGGAUUGUGCACACGGCUCUGACCAACAGGCACGAUUGGUCGACGUUGGCUCAUCACUCACCUAUUACUCCUACUGAGCCAGCCAACAAAUUCACGCUGCUAGCGCGUGUCCCUAGAGUCCUCCCAGUCAUCCCGUCUGGCGAAGACAGUAUCUCAUUCAUCUUUAAUCUACAAAAAUCGAUGAUACUACGGAUAAUAAAUGGCGAAGGAGCUUCGUUUGCCACGUUGUCGCUGGGGUCCUUGCGAUAGUCGACGAGUCUAGGGUUCACCAAAGCGGUGAGAUCUUCGCUUCUGUAACCCUUAGGGAGGUGGUAUUCGCUAAAAUGUUUGGAUGCAGGUCAUUACUCUACCCAGAGGUCGACUUGAGCAUCCGAGAAGGUGGUGAGGCAGCAAGCAUAUCGCUACUCAUGUCAAAUAACACAUGCUUGCCGCUCUCAAGCUCGUUAACGACCAACGGAUAGUGCACGUUAGCGUCACUUCUCUUGCUUCAGGUAAACGACGAACCCUUGAUCACGUCAACUGAAGCAGAAAAUCAUGGUUCUUUUGGCACCCGGCUGUCGAAGUUUGGACGCGAAUGCCGUCCCCACUGGCGUUGAUGAAGCUGUCAAGAAACGCUGCCUUCAAGAACCCAGUUGAUGCUAUCAGUGUGCGAGAAUCCUUGUGUUCAACUGGGCCCAAAACGAGGUUCACCUACAGUACCAUGGUUCUCUGACAAGCUCACGAGCUAGGCGGACAAUCCCCCGGCAAAAGGCUUGAAAAUGGUGGAGAGGCGCAACCUAGCGCACACGCCCCCGGCACUUUUGGGCUUCGGUUGCAACGGGACGGGCAUGCGGCGUUGAUCCGCGUCGUCCACCCCGACAUUCUACUGGCGGAGAUGUCUCCCAAAAAGUGCCACACUGCCCGGAGACAGGCCUUAUCACAAGGAUAUUCGUCCCAGAACCCCGCAAAGGGGUUGUACCCUCAACGUGUGACAGCAACAAAUUAUCAUGUACCAUGCACGACCAUGCUCACUCUUGCCAGCGGACUGCAUGCCCAGUGGUCGAAAGAGCAGGCAUGCUUUGGUCACUUCGCUCCUGCCUCCCUAAGCUAGCUUGAGAUGCGCUUUGUCUCGGUUCAAUGCGACACAUCAAAUGCAUGUUGCGGUUCUCGUUCCCUGAAGCAAAUAUUUACCUUCGCUAUCCAGCUGCCUCUGGCAAGGCCGUUCCUCCCGAUCUCUCUCUUCCUCCCCUUCUAUCCAAAAGUUUUGUCCUUUCGUGAUUCCACUUUGCCAGGAUGACUGUUUACAGCUCAGAUGCUGCUGCUCUCGAGGCAGCAGGGAAGAAACAAGUAUUGAAGCGAGAAUGGAACUUCUGGGCACUACUCGGCAUGUCGGCUUGCACUCUGUGCACCUGGGAAGCAACAAGCGCUUUGUUCGCAGGCGCAUACACCAAUGGAGGGCCUGCUUCUGUCGUCUACGGAUUCAUCGUCUCCGUGCUGGGCACAUUGGCAAUUGCAACAUCGAUGGCCGAGAUGGCCUCCAUUUCACCAAUAGCUGGUGCUCAAUAUCACUGGAGUGCUGAGCAUGCACCUCUACGCUGGAGGGCUCUCGUCAGCUACAUUCAAGGCUGGGUCACCAUUACUGGAUGGGUUGCAGGUAUAGCCUCCGUCUGCUUCCUGAUCGCAUCAAUGAUACAAGGCCUUGCUGUGCUCAAUUACUCCGGAUACGAGGCGAAACGCUGGCAUGCGACAUUAAUCAUGAUUGCAUUUGCCGGCAUUGCAACUAUCGGAAACACAUUCGGCAAAAAGCUACUACCGCUGUGGGAAACAUUAGGAGGUGCCUUGCAUGUGUUGUUCUUCUUUCUGGUCAUGAUCGGUAUCCUGGCAACCAGCGACAAAGCCAGCAAUCACGACGUUUGGGGUACUUUUAUCAACGGCGGCGGCUGGGACAGCGAUGGGGUCAGCUUCUGCUUGGGCUUUUUGACCCCGGCAUUUGCUUUGGCUGGGGUCGAUGCUGUCAUACACAUGUCAGAGGAAGCCUUCAACGCUCCUCUCAACAUCCCUCGGGCAAUGAUUUGGUCGGUUAUCAUCAACGGCACGGCGGGCUUUGCCUAUAUCCUCGCCGUGCUGUACUCUAUCACCGAUCCGGAUGCCGUCCUGGGCAACGAGACUGGUUUUCCAAUUAUUGGUGUCUUCCUCGAGGCGACCAAUAACCAGAAGGCUGCAACCGCCAUGAUGACCGCCGUGAUCAUCGUCUUCACCAUGAAUUUGUUCGGCUGUGUGGCGUCGGUUUCUCGACUGAUUUGGGCCUUCUCUCGAGACAAAGGCCUGCCUUUCUCGGGAUUCUUUUCACAUAUUACGCCUUGGAAUAAGUGUCCGACGAACGCCGUGGUUGCAAUCUUUGUUGCGGUAUCUCUGCUCUCACUGAUCAACAUCGGCUCCACCACCGCAUUCAAUGCCUUGAUAUCUCUAACGACGCUCGGAUUCUACUUCUCUUAUGCAAUUCCGACACUCAUGUUUGCAAUGCGCCGCUUCAACACGAGCAACCCAAUCGCCUUUGGACCUUGGACACUGGGAAGAUUUGGCCUAGUCGUGAAUGUGCUAGCGAUCGCGUUCUGCCUUUUCCUGAUCAUCUUCCUGCCAUUCCCUCCAGUCCUACCAGUCACAGGCACGAACAUGAACUACGCUUCUCCGGUAUUCGGCGCCGUUAUGCUCUUCGCCAUCGUCAAUUAUUACGUUCGGGCCCGCCGGCGGUUCACCGGACCGAUCAAGGAGGUCACAAGCGAGACGAGCAGCGAGAAUGUCGCUCACGAGUCGGUUGUUGCUGAGAAGCAACCCGCCGAAUCUUCUUGAAAGGGAGAGAGAAGACGGCGUUGGAGGCUCAUAUUCAAAUUUCCAACAUCAUUCACAGCUCUGGAAUCCCGACCCUCACUUGAUGCUCCAGCGUGCGAUGACUUCGGUUUCUCAACCGUGCCUAGUCUAUUCCACUGGGGUUUGGCAUUUGUCUACAUGUAGAUGAGGCUCAGAACAAGGGUUGCAGUCAGUCCUAUUUUGCGAAUCUGAUGUAUCAUAUGCGCCUAACAAUACAUGCCUCUCGAUAGCCCUGCAAGAGCUUAGGGGUUGGUCAUCGGACCGACUUAUUAUAACUACGCAGAACUCAACGUACCAGCGCAGUG